CGCAGGCCGUGGCGGCGGCGGCGGUGGCCGAGGGAGCGGGGCAGCCAUGGGGGUGCGCGGCGCGGGCCGGCUGUGGUGGGGCACGGUGAGCUGCACUUUGUUUCUGGCAGUUAACGGUUUAUAUUCGGCCAGUGAUGAUGUGAUAGAGCUCACACCAGCUAACUUCAACAAGGAGGUCAUUCAGAGCGAGAGCCUGUGGCUCGUGGAGUUCUAUGCCCCGUGGUGUGGUCACUGUCAGAGGCUAACUCCUGAGUGGAAGAAAGCAGCAACAGCUUUAAAAGGUGUAGUGAAAGUGGGUGCAGUAGAUGCAGAUAAACAUCAGUCCUUGGGUGGACAGUAUGGAGUCAGAGGGUUUCCAACUAUCAAGAUAUUUGGAGCCAACAAAAACAAAGCAGAGGAUUAUCAGGGUGGCAGGACAAGCGACGCUAUUGUUGAUGCUGCUCUGAGUGCUCUUCGGUCCCUGGUGAAAGAACGUCUUAGUGGCAGAAGUGGAGGAUAUAGUUCUGGAAAACAGAGCCGGGAGAGCGGAGGUGGAGAUAAGAAGGAUGUGAUUGAGCUGACUGAUGACAGCUUUGAUAAGAAUGUCAUAAAUAGCGAUGAUGUGUGGAUGGUGGAGUUUUAUGCCCCAUGGUGUGGGCACUGCAAAAACCUGGAGCCAGAAUGGGCAGCUGCUGCCACUGAGGUGAAGGAACAAACAAAAGGAAAAGUAAAGCUGGCUGCAGUAGAUGCAACAGUCAAUCAGAUGCUGGCAGGCCGAUAUGGGAUUCGUGGAUUUCCCACCAUUAAAAUCUUCCAGAAAGGAGAAGACCCUGUUGAUUAUGAUGGUGGGAGAACUAGAUCUGAUAUCAUUGCUCGUGCUCUGGAUCUGUUUUCUGAUAAUGCACCACCACCUGAGCUCCUGGAGAUAAUUAGUGAGGAUGUUCUGAAGAGUACCUGUGAUGCUCAUCAGCUCUGCAUCAUUUCUGUCCUGCCUCAUAUUCUUGAUACAGGAGCGUCAGGGAGAAAUUCUUACCUGGAUGUCAUGUUAAAAAUGGCUGAGAAAUACAAAAAGAAAAUGUGGGGGUGGCUGUGGACAGAAGCAGGUGCUCAGUCAGAUCUUGAGAGCUCUCUGGGGAUUGGAGGCUUUGGGUAUCCAGCAAUGGCGGCUAUUAAUGCUCGGAAGAUGAAAUUUGCCCUUCUGAAAGGAUCAUUCAGUGAGCAAGGGAUUAAUGAGUUUCUCAGGGAACUCUCCGUUGGUCGUGGUUCUACAGCACCAGUGGGUGGUGGAGCUUUCCCCAAAAUUCAUUCAGUUGAACCUUGGGAUGGCAAAGAUGGUGAGCUUCCAGUUGAAGAUGACAUUGAUCUCAGUGAUGUGGAUCUGGAUGACUUGGGUAAAGAUGAGCUGUGAGAUCUUCAGGAAACUUCUUUUCUUGGGAGAGCCUGUGCAGCAGUUUGCAGCCUGGAUCACAAUCAGACAGAUAUUUCAGUGGCCUUUUUCUGGAGAAGUAGCACAUGACACACUGUGCUAUUGGAUGCACUGCAGCAGUGGACUGUACGCAUCUCAAGAAAACAUUGCAGAAAUUCUAUGAAUUGUCAUAACCAGUAAACUUGAUUGUAUUCUGUGUAACAAAUAUUUUGAGGACAACAUGGAUAUUUCUUUGGAACAUCUUGGGUUUUAUUUUGUUGAUAAUGUGCUGUUUGAGUGUUACUGGAGGCUGUUAGUGUAACCAAUUUUAACUGUAAUUUUUUUCAUGGAGGUGGAACCUGCUCAGCUUCUGUUUCAAUUAAAGAAUAAAAUAUUUUUUGACACACA